AUGGCAUCCGCCGCAGACAGCAGCACCUUCACCCCGCAAUAUGAGCCACAGUUGGACUUUCUGGAGGAAUACUGCAAGCGGCAUCCGGUACCAGAGGGAUUUGCACCCGUGAUGGCAUGGAAAGCCGAUGACCUUCAGGUUGACGACAACGAGUAUAUUACGUGUCUCUCCGACGAUGAACAGAGAGAGAUCAUGACCGCAUGCGCAACGUUUACUGAGUCUGGAAAGUCACUAAAUGACCUGGACGCCUCAUCCUUCCCGCUGCCGCUACUCGCGGACCGUCUCGCGGCAACACGGAAGAACCUGCACGAAGGCCUCGGGAUGGCGGUUCUUCGCGGACUCGACACCUCGUCGCUGUCCAUGAGGGACAUGUUUGCAGUGUUUGCCGGGCUUGCCAGCCACAUCUCACAGCGGCGCGGAAGGCAAUCCGGCGGCAAGAUGAUCGUGCAUAUCACAGACCUCUCCGAGCUUGGAGUUAGGGGCGCCGUGUUACCAGCCCCGUAUCGGAACAGCCCACUACCCUUCCAUACCGAUCCGGCUGCCGAUAUCGUCGCCAUGUUUGUCGUCCAGCCCUCCCUCUCCGGCGGACACGGCACCUUCAGUCCCGUCGCAACAGUCUAUAGCACACUCGCCGCCCGCCGCCCUGACUUUCUCCGCGAGCUAGCCGCUCCAGACUGGCCAUUCGUCAAGGCCGGUGGCGCGGGCGGCCCCGAGGACGUCACCCACCGCCGACGCCCAGUACUGUUUCUCGGCGCGGUCUCGGGCGCACCCGAGAUGCUAUUCAGUCGCGGGUCUCUCGUCCGCUCUGGGUGCCUCACCAUGGCGCAGAACGCAGCGCUCGAUGCGGUGCAUUUCGCUGCGCGAGACGCGGCUUGCAGCAUCCAGUACGCUGCGGGGGACGUGCUGUUCUUCAACAACAGGCGGGUGCUGCACGGGCGCGAGGCUUUUUUGGAUGGCUGUGGCCUACGACGACCAGGGGAAGAAGAGCGCCCAGAGGGGUUGGAGAGGAAGAGGUAUAUGCUCCGGUUGUGGCUGCAGGACGAACAACGUGCUGGGAUACCGCCUGCGCCAAUGGCUGCGAUCUGGGAGAGGACAUUCGCUGAGCAUGGCCAUAGGGGACACGACGAGGGAUGGCCGCUGGAGCCUGACCGGUCUUGA